GCCUCGGAUGCCCUGCUGUUGCUCCCCAAGGUCGCCGAGGUGGAGUUCCAGGAGGCUAAGGAGCAGCUCCGCGACUCUGAGGCCGCGUACUUCUACCACGCCUCGUAUCUGGACGGCCUGCUGCAGGGGCAGAUCAGCGAAGCCGAAGCCAAAGCGGCCCGAAACGAGAAUUGCCCUUUCGAUCGCAAGAACCUGGUGACCUUCACGGUUCGCGGAUACCUCCAGGCGCUGCAGAGAGGAACAAAGAGAGUCCACUUUAUUCUCAACCGCGUCCUGCAGCUUGCUUGGGAGUGCUGCGAGGUGGACUUCUACAAGGCCGACGUGAACUCAGAGCUCGCAAGCGAGGGGAGACGGCUGAUGCCAUGGAUGUGGUACACCGUCUUGUCCCAGCUCAUCAGCCGUGCUCUUCAUCCAGACAUGCGGCAGGUCUUCCGAGAGAUCAUCAAGUCCGUCGUGGUGUCCUUCCCGGACCCGGCGGGGUGGCAUCUGAUGCAGCUCCUGAAGUCUGAUGACAAAGUCCACCAGCAGCUUGGGAAGGAGCUGCUGAGCGACGUCGGAAGGCAAGACCGAGAGCUGCACACCUUGUUCGCCCAACGGACCCGCAUUGCCGAGGAUCUGAUUUCCCUGGCGAACUCAAACGGCCAGGACGUCCUGCGACUUUCAAAAACAUUUCCGCGGCUGGCCGCAGUGCAGUCCUCCAGGAGUGAGAAGUGGAGGGUGCUCGUCCCACUCCAGUCGCAGAUGACCGCGACAAUCCCCAGGAUGAACUCCGCAGAGCAGCUCCGAAUGGCGAAGCCGCGGGGCUUCUUCCCCGAGGCCAUCCUCACUGAGAGGUGCCUCGAGCACGUGGAAGUCUUCCGUUCCAAGGAGAAGCCUAAGAAGUUGACCUUCCUUGGCAGCGACGGCCAGCAGUAUCCCUUCCUCUGCAAGGCAGAGAAGCGCGGCGACCUGCGGAAGGACUCUCGCUUGAUGGAGUUUGCAGUGAUGGUGAACCAGCUCCUGGCCAAGAGCCCGGAUGCAAAUCGGCGGAACCUGGAAGUCCGGACGUUUCAGGUGGUCAUUCUCUCGGAGAAGUGUGGCCUCAUCGAGUGGGUACCCAACACCAAAGGCCUACGUCCCCUCAUCGACGACCUUUGGAAGGGGAGGAGGCAGACCCUGAACGAGGUGAAGGAAAUCAUGGAUCGGAGCAAGGACCCUUACGAGACCUUCACACGUCAGGUGGUGCCCCGAAAUCCUCCGAUUCUGCACAGGUGGUUCGCUCGAUCGGGAGACCCUUCGGCAUGGCUGGCCAAGAGGACCCUCUUCAGCCAGUCUCAGGCCCUCUGGUGCAUGCUGGGAUACCUCGUGGGCCUUGGGGAUCGCCAUGGCGAGAAUAUCCUGCUGGAUACCGAGUCGGGGAGGAUGGUCCACGUUGACUUCGACUGCCUGUUCGGCAAAGGCGGGAAUUCUGUUUCAGGUCUCCCAGCUCUUGUAAAGGGUCCCAUACCGGUUAUUAUGAGGGUUGCUAUCGGGGUGCAACCGUCCGGCGUGGUUGAGACAUUCCCGCACAUGCAAUGA